CUCCUGUCUCCUUCGGCUUCUUGGGAUGUUCUUGUUGCCUUUUUCGGACCAACCCAAACCCAAACCCAGAAAAUCCCCAAUCCCAAAUCCCCAAUGCCUCCUGUCCAAUGAUGCUCUCUUUCUCCUCUUCCCUCCCGCUUCUGCUUCAGCACCCUUCCUCCCUGCCGCCGCAUUGUCACCCCGCCGCCGUCGAGCGUCUCAUCGUCUUCCCAUUUCUUGGAUUGCCAGUUUGAGAUGUGGAGAUGACGAGGUGCAUGUGCUUUUGCUGAAGAACUGGUGCGAGGUUUGUCCGAUGGAUAAGCAAAAGAAUCACAAGAAUGCGGAAAUGGGCAAGGAUUUAUUCCGCAGAACAAUUCUUAGUCAGAUUGCUGGGGGCGUCAGUUUUGAAGAGGAGAACGCCCCUUGCAAUACUCCGAGGAACUCCGUUCAUUCGCAGCUUGGUGGUUCAUUUGUUGCUUCCACCAGUGAAAGUACCGGUGCUGAAUCGGUCAGCCCAGGAGAAUAUGUCAGAGAUCCUGGAUCUAUAUUGAGCUUGCAGCCUUGGAUUUUUAAGAGAAGCGGAGCGCAGAACAGUGAGGAAAGGAUAGUUGUAAGUGGUAGUAAGGUUGGUAGAGGCAAGAAUCUGGUGGAUGGCUUUCGAGAUGGUUCAACUGUUGACGUCUCCGCAAGGAGCCCUGCUCUUGGUUCUGGGCCUGGAAGAGGUAGAGGUGCUCUUAGGAGCAGACGAUCUCAUAGGCAUUUUAUUAAGCCACUUGUCCCAAUGGAGGACUCCUACAUUCCACAACUUUACAACGGGAACUUUGAAUUUGAAGAAUGCACAUUUGCUCCAGUUCCAUCCCCAGCUUCUGCUAGGCCGUUCAUUGUAACAGAUGGGAGAAGAAUAAUUAGCAAAUCAAGCUACGGACCUGUGCCCGUACCUUUUGACAUUGGACUCAACAAGGAGGAAUGUCGAAAUGGCUCAAAUGUGCUGGAAAGUGUUGUUGGGAUCGCUCCUCUACCUGAGCUGAAUAGGGAUAGCACAGUAUCACACGACGUAAGGUUGAGUUUGUCCAGCUCCAAGAGAGGUAGUGAACCGUCAAAAUCAGCAGGUUUACUUGAAAGAAUGCUCAUGUUCUCAAGUGGGGUCAGCAUCGGUGUUAUAUCAUCCUCUCUAUCAAAUAAGAAGGAUCUUGAUUCGUUGAACGGCACACUGAAGCGAAUGGAGAACUUGGUUCAAGAUUUGCAGGAUGAACUGGAAAUGAAAGAGGGGUUAACUGUGAAGGAAUUGCCUUAUGAAAGCGAACAUGAUGAUGGCAAUAUCAAAGGUUACACAGUUGAUUCAGAGCCAAUGAGCAAAAUUGAAGCUGAACUUGAAGCCGAGCUCGCGAGAUUGGAGUUAAAUAUCACAUCAAACCACUUGGAAGAAGAACAACCAUUUGAUUUCAGUGAGGUCGAUCAGGAGUUCGUUGGAGAUAUUGUUCAAGGAGAACUGAAGAUCGAUAUGAUCCGUCGUGACAUUGCUGACUACAGCAGCGAGAGUGACCAUGGCAGGGACAGCAGACAAAGCUCCCCAGAUUGCACACGUGAUGCAAACUAUCCUGUCUCACCUAGGGAUCUCAGUCUCCGUCUCCACAAGGUGAUCCAGCAUAGGCUGGAAGAACGAAUCAAGGAGCUUGAGACAGCACUUGCCCAGAGCCAGAAGCAGGCGCAGCUGCAGAUGAUGGCAAGAGAGCGGGUCUUCUCUGAACAGACCAGCUCAAACAGUGUUUCAGGCUCUUCUUCCAACCAGGAUAGUCCAUUGUUUAUACAAGAAACUAGCUCCUCGGCAGAACCGUUCUGUUUAAACCUGGCUGGAGAUGCGCUAGAAGCUUACGAUGAAGCCUAUGAGGAAUUCAUGAGAAUAGCCGACUCCCCUUGCACCACAAGUACUAACGGGAAGCCUCAGGUCAAUGAAUAUUACUCAGUGGACCGCAGCUUGGUUUGGGGCUUGGAAGAUGACAGCGCUACAGAGCUGAAAGAGGUUCCGACUUGGGAGCAGGCCGUGAAGAGUGGUGAUCCGAACAGAGCUCAAGAGAGUGACGGUGAAGACGACUGUAGUGACGAGGAUGACCACGAUAGUAAGAUGCUCAUCCAACAGAUUAUUGAGAGAACCAAGCAAGGCUCACCUGUACUCAUACAUGCGCAAAAAAUGUUGUUUUCUGUGGAUGAAUAGGUUGCUGGACUAUAGUGUAUACCAUUGGAAAUUUGAGAUAGCAUGUAGUGUCAAUUGAUUCCUAAAAAAGGAGUAGAAUGUUAGUUUUUUUAACCUUUUCUGGUGAUGCCUUUUUGACAUGUGGUCAGUUACAAAUUCUGUCUUCUGUAUGCCCACAGUUUUGCAGUCAGCAUUGGAGGAGACUUGUGGCGGCAUUGUUAUUUUUACACUAGAACAGAGUAUAAACUAUUGUGCAUAUCCCAAAUGUGUUUCUCUUUGCA